CUUUCCGGCGGCCGCUGGGGGACCGCUUUUCGGCGGCGCCCGGCGAGAGGCGCGAGGGGAGUCUGACGUGGGCUCAUCGGUCUCUCCCGGAGGGAAGCCGGCGUCGAGAGGAGCCGAGCCCGAGCGGGGCCUGGCCUGUGGGGGCCUCCGCCGGCCGCGCGACCGCACCAGGCAGCCGCCGCCUCGUCCCACUUCUCCCCUGAGGCGCCGCGCGGCCGGGCAGCGGAUCCAGGCCUCGGCCGGCGCCGGGCCUCCGGGGCCCUCCCGGGCUCAGCAUGCCCGGGGUGAAGCUGACCACCCAGGCCUACUGCAAGAUGGUGCUGCACGGCGCCAAGUACCCGCACUGCGCCGUCAACGGACUGCUGGUGGCCGAGAAGCAGAAGCCGCGCAAGGAGCACCUUCCUCUGGGCGGCCCGGGUGCCCACCACACCCUCUUCGUGGACUGUAUACCCCUCUUCCACGGCACCCUGGCCCUCGCCCCCAUGCUGGAGGUGGCCCUCACCCUGAUUGAUUCAUGGUGCAAAGAUAAUAGCUAUGUGAUUGCUGGUUAUUAUCAAGCUAACGAACGAAUAAAGGAUGCCAGUCCAAACCAGGUUGCAGAAAAGGUGGCCUCCAGAAUCGCCGAGGGCUUCAGCGACACGGCUCUCAUCAUGGUAGACAACACUAAGUUCACGAUGGACUGUGUGGUACCCACAAUCCAUGUGUACGAACACCACGAAAACAAAUGGCGCUGCAGAGACCCUCACUAUGAUUACUGUGAAGACUGGCCAGAGGCCCAGAGGAUCUCGGCAUCACUCCUGGAUAGCCGGUCCUAUGAAACGCUCGUGGAUUUUGAUAACCACCUGGAUGACAUUCGGAAUGACUGGACAAAUCCAGAGAUCAAUAAAGCUGUUCUGCACCUGUGUUAGGGAGGGAUUUCAGUGACUGGUCUCUGGGCAUUUCCACUACACUGAAGAAGAAAAGCUAUUUUUAAAUGUAAAUAAAAUAUCUCAUAGCCUGUGUGGAAAGCCGGCAGUUUUCAGAAGUGGCAUGUGCCUUGAAAGAGGGCAGAAUGUCCCAUCAGUCAUCUUUCUAAUGCAGAGCCUCGAGAACAGGCAUAGACUGUCCCAUCUGAUCAUCCCUGUGGAGUCCUUCCCAGUUGUACAUUGCUAUAAUUCUUCAAAUCAAAGCUAUUUCUGCUUGUCCAAGAUUGUUCCUAUUAAACAGUUUUAACUAACCUUUUAUAAUCUGGAGGAAUACUUUUUAAGGCUUAUGAACUAUCUUUAAAAAAAAAAAAAAAAAGGCCCAGAUCUUAUACCCGAAUGAGAGUGUUUGUGAGUUUUCAUCCUGUUUGAGUUAAUAUCAUCCAGACCUGGGAUUGGGCAGGCACGUGGUGUGCCAGUGCCGAGCAGUUUUUGAGAGCCGUGUGCUGGUGUCAGCGGUCAGGAGGCUGCAGCAACACCCCCGCCCCCCGCUGUCAGGCUUCCGUAGCUGCCACGACUCUACACGUGGGAAUAAUGCCACAGUUGCCUGAGAAACCUUCAUCAUUAAGGGUAAAAACAAACAUUGUUGGGAAGGCAGCUUGGAUGGGAGCACAGUGUAAUAAUCCUCAACCAGAAAGCUUGUAAACCUGUGGAACCAAAAGAAAAGCGGAACCAUGCUAAGAUUAUCUUAAAAAGGCAAGAAUCGGUCCUAACUCCUGACUGACUUGCAUGAUUAUCCAAAUGGUUCUAAUUUAUGUCUUCAAAACAAUUAUUUUUUUUGUAUUUGAAGCAACAAAAGCAGAACAAAACUUAGGGUCCCGGAGUUUUACAGUGCACUGUCUGUAAUCAUUAUACUUGAAACAAUCAGUCAAGGUUUUUAACCCAGUCGUAGGAAACUGAUGGGGAAACUUUAUGGUCCCGUUCCAUCUUUUUCUUUUUUACAUGAAUUAUUUCACGCAGAGUUCAGAGAACUGUACCUUUGCUACUGUUGUUUUUUGGACUACAUGAAGGAAAUUUGUAACAAUCAGAUAAUCUGUUGAAAAGGUUUAUGACACAGCAUUCACUAUUUUCUCUUAAUAAGUAGGAAACAUUUCAACAUUGCUUACAAUAGAUGUGCUUUAUUUGGUCCACCAGAGUCUCUCUUCUUUCUUCAAAUCUCGCUCGCCCUUGGCUUUUUAAGCUGACUUUAAGUCACGUGGGGAAGACAAAUGAAGGGGUGAUGGAUGCAUCGGUACACUUUAUCUUUUCGCUCUCCUCGACUUAGACGCCAGGGCCAGCACAAGUGGAAUGCAGUGGACAGUCUCGUCCCAGAUGGGUCUGUAUUUGUUUCGAAAAAGAAAAAGAGUUAUCUCCAGCAUUUACCACAGAAAAGGCUGUCUUGGGACUUCCCUGGUGGCGCAAUGGCUAAGAAUCCGCCUGCCAAUUCAGGGGACACGGGUUCGAUCCCUGGUCUGGGAGGAUACCACAUGCCGGGGAGCAACUGAGCCCGUGCACCACAACUACCGAAGCCCGUGCGCCUAGAGCCCGUGCUCCGCAACAAGAGAAGCCACCGCAAUGAGAAGGCCACGCACUGCAACGAGGAGUGGCCCCCGCUCGCCGCAACUAGAGAAAGCCCGCGCGCAGCAACGGAGACCCAACGCCGCCAAAAAUAAAUAAAUAAAUAAAAAUAAAAUAAAGUAAAAAAAAAGAAAAGUCUCUCUUUUCCUGUGAUUAAA